AUGGCCGACUGCUCAAACUCAUCGUCAAAUGGAAGUGCGAAUGUAUUCAAUGAUGAAGAUAUCAUUCCUGGCACUCCAGAUAUAUUACUGAAUGAAAGUAGAAGGAGAAAAAUGUCAAAUGGAAGGAGUUUUCUAUCUUCAUCUAGACUCUUACAGCACUUGGGAAAGCCAUUAGACGAAGCUGAAGGUGAGACUAGAAGAAAGAAACUAUAUUCAAAGUUCAACAAACCGAAAUCUAUGGAAAACCGUCUUAAAGAAAUUAAGCAGAGAAACCAAAAGAGCAAAGACUUCAAACUAGAAACAGCCAACUUGGCUUUGCUAAUAAAGGCGAACGGCAAUUACGGCGACGACAUUCUUAAUAACUAUAAUAUAAAUCACGAUGCCAAGGAUGGCGAUGAUGACGAUAAAAAUGAUGGCAGUGAUGAUGAUGAUAGUAUGUCAAAGGAUGAUGGUGUCGAUUAUAGUGGCCGUGAUAUCGUCGUCGGUUGUGAUAACGAUGCCAAUGAUGAUGAUGAUGAUGAUGUUGUCAAUCCUGAUGAUGAUCCUGUAUGCUACAAGUACGGAAGACAUCGUGUCAUCUCUGUUGAAAGUAGUAAAGAAUGUUUGGCGUUGGAUUUGAAAUGCUUCAAGACUGGCUCACUGAGGAAAGCAUUGCUAUAUGGAUUUUGGACGGAUACGAGAGUAAAGGCGGGAAAUUGCGUGAACGUGAUUGGUCGUUUCGAUGAAAACUCCGAAUGUAGAAUCACGGAUCAGGAAAACUUUAUAGUCGUCAGUCCGGAUAUCCUGGUUUCUGGGACCAGUGUGACGUCAGCUGUCACGUGCCUGAGGAAAAUGGUGCUCAGUGACAAGUUCAAGCACACGAACACAGGAAAGUUGCCAAGCAUGCUCCACGGGACUAUAAGCAACUACCACAACAACAACACAACAACAACGCCAGACAUACGGACCAUAGCUGAAGAAAUUAUAAGCAGGCGAGAUCACAUGAUAGAGAUGUUCGCCUUGGGGGUCCAGUUAGGAGAAGCAGUUGCACAUUACUAA